AUGGAAUACGAUACGCGAGAGCGCUGCGGCCAGGAAGGAUGCCGUGAAACUCGCUAUUUCCUCGAUAAUGGCCUUUGGUUCUGUCGAAGGGGUCAUCAGCAAGCGGGUCAACAAGUAGUGGAUGAUCCCGAAAAUUUCGGGACACAGGGCAAGAUAAGCCAUGUGAAGAAGGCUGCCAUUGAAAAGGGCGAGAAGAAAUAUAGAGGUCGCCAGGCAUAUCGCCUCUACCUGCAUAUUUACCAGUUAAUUCUCUGGAAACAGUGCCACGCCCUGGUCCACAGCGAAAGGUUUCCCCCAGAGUUAGAAAACGUCGUUCGCGAUCUUUGGGCGCUCCGCUUGGAGUCCUACUCUAAAAAGAUUGCUGAUCUCGGUGAUGAAGACUCCCAGCCGGAGUUCUUCAGUUCCCAGCGGCCGAGUGCUCGUGAAGACACUGAGACUGAAACAUUCACACCCGGUAGUAAAGUCGUUCAAUGGCCGCGACUAAUUGAUACCAUUGCUCUGUGCUAUCUUGGGGCACUCAUAAUGAGGCUUCCAGUGAGCGUUGGCGACUUUCAUCGGAUGGCUAUGCGCAACGAAAUUCCAUAUUACAGGGUGUUGCUUCAAAUCCCCAACGAUAUGAAGGAUAGGUUACCGUCAGCGUAUCUCGCGCUUCUUGACACCCAGAGGUUAUUAAAAGCGGAGGAUCUUCAUACUGCCGUGUUUGAUCUGUUGCUUCUUUACCAACGGCAAUUCAAAUUGCAGCUUCCACCAUUAAAUACCCCGAUCUUACUAUACAGGCUUAUCAAAAGGCUUGCGCUACCUGUUGACGUUUAUCCUGUUACCAAAAAGCUACAGACACUCUUGGGCUUCACAUUCGAGUAUCCAGCCACAGUUGCUGGCAGACGGAAGCCCCUCGAUAAGCCAGAACACCAAUUAGUCACUCUCGUUGUAAUCGCAACCAAACUCCUAUUCCCAUUUGACGACGUCCAGAGACACCCAAGAUCCGCGCAAGAGCCGACUGUGCAGGCAAUAGACUGGGACUCAUGGGCGGAAGUCCAGAACCAUUUUGAUCGUCGAGAUGCAUCGGCGGGGAGGAUCGGCAAAGGAAAAGAAAUCCUAGUUAACGAAGAGGAUGUGCUGACCAUGACUCCUGGCCAACUGGAUGAAUACAUGGACUGGUACGAAACCUCAUGGCUCGAUCACAGCAAGGUCACGAGCCGUUUGGCCCAUUUAUUCCCUCUAGGCUCAGGAUCCAAGGAAGGUCGACAGGGUGAACCAGCAGCUGAAGAUGACGAGGAGAAAUCGAUAGAAACAAUGCUAGGAAUGGCUACACGUUACCUCAAAUCAAGGGCCAUUGUGAGCGAUCCUGAGUCGGAGGUACCACGACCUGGCUCUUCGUAUGCUCGUUAUCGGCAAGAGUCCGAUCUACCGGACACCGCACGAGUGUUCUACGAAACUGCUGCGAAGGCCACGGGAAUGUCUCUAACUACGCUUGUCAGAUGUGUCUCUCAAGCAGAGUUUCAGAUCAAUAAAUGGCUAGAGGAUCAAAGGCGCCUGAAGUAUUCCGCUGAACAUCCGAUGGAGUCGCCGGGAGGUAGUGAUGUUGAAAACAUGGAGGAAUUUAGUGACCAGGAUAUGCUAGAUGAGGAUAACAAUUAG